AUGCUGCAGCGCUCUUUCUGGCGAUUUGCAGCAGGGGUGGCCGCUGCUAGUUCUGCCACGAGUGGCGAGACGCUUGCGUCUUUCACUGCCCGCGUUGGGUCCCUGUGCCAGCAGAUGCACGGAGCGGGGGCGGAGUUUGGCUGCGUUGCCGUGGUCCCCAACGAGGAGCAGUGCCGCGGUCUCGUAGCCAAGUGCGCCAUUCGGGAGGGCACCACCGUCAUAUCGGUCCCCCUCCAGCGAUGUGGCAUCUCCUCCGAGCAGCUCAUUAAGGACAAUGCGUUUGUGCAGGCGAUGGAUCCCCCGAGCCUGGACGCGGUGCGACACCUAAUGAACACUCGUAGCAUUCGAGAUCCAGUGAUGCACGAGCAGUUGUACCUGGCGCUGCUGAUUGCGGCUGACCACAUGAACCCUGCCAGCCCCCGCAGUGAUUACUACAACCUCCUCCCGCACCCCGCCAUUGAUGACGCGCUGGUGAUUCAGCGGCACAAGGACAUUCUCGACCCACUGCUGCUCGUGGAGUGGGACGACUACCAGAGGGAGAUGCUCUCCAUCUUGCAACACCUGCUCCGGCGCUGGAGCUCGCCGCUGACGCCGCCCAUCCAGGUGGCGUACUGGGCGCUGCGCACCGUGCUCAGUCGCAUGCACAUGCUGCCCAAGGCUGGGCUGGCACCACAGCAGGUGGGGUCCACCCUCAGCUACACGGCGCUGUCCACUGUCGAUCAAGCGGAUCUGCAGACGCGAUGGCGAAGGCGAUUCAAGUCCAUGCUGAGCUCGCUGACGGGAAACCCAGCCGAUGCCGAGGAGUACCACCUCGUCCCCACGCUUGUGCCGCUGCUGGACAUGACGCCGCACAUCUCUUCUAGCAACGUACAGGUGGAGGUGAACACGCGUGACGCCCGCGUCAACAGCUGCGCUGAGCUUCGUGCGGUGCGCGACAUCGACGCAGGAGAGACGAUUGGGCUGCGCUUCAACACCUCCCAGGCACCGGCGUUUCUGCUCUUCCGCUUUGGCUUCAUUCCGCAGUAG